AGGCCAGGUCUAAGUUUUAGCUACCAGAACCACUUCAAUUUGCUAGCAUGGCUGACCAUGAAGAAAAAAACCUGAGUGAUGAGUGUAAGGAACUCCUUCUUUCUCUCCCCAAAGAAAGAGGAGGCUGGUUAGGCCCUCCCCAAUAUCAAUACCAAGGCUUCUGGUGCGUGACAGCAGAUAUAGUCCAAGCCACAAUCGCUUUCCAAAGGCAGUUCCAAGCUAGAGACUCUGACAUAGUUGUGGCCAGCGUACCCAAAUGCGGCACCACAUGGUUGAAGGCCUUGACUUUUGCUGUGGUGAAUCGACACCGUUUUGAAAUAGAGGCACAUCCCUUGCUCACAUCCAACUCCCAUAAUCUUGUGCAACACUUCGAGGUUGAUCUCUACAUAAACAACCGAGUUCCUGAUUUCUCAUCCAAGUUUCCUGGUGAGCCAAGGCGACUCUUUGCAACCCAUAUUCCUUUUCCUUCGUUGGGUACAAUUACAAAGUCCAAUUGUAAGAUCGUUUAUGUUUGCAGAAACCCAUUCGACUCAUUUGUUUCUUACUGGCAUUUCAUUAACAAGGUCAGGCCACAAUCUUUAGGUCCAUUGUCCCUCGAUGAGACUUUUGAUAAGUAUUGCCAAGGCAUGGAUGGGUUUGGUCCAUUUUGGGAUCACAUUUUGCGUUACUGGAAAGAGAGCUUGAAAAGACCUAACAAUGUGUUGUUCUUCAAGUACGAGGACAUGAAGAAAGAUGUUGUACUUCACUUGAAAGCAUUAGCCAAGUUUAUAGACUGCCCUUUCACCGAGGAGGAGGAGAGAAACGGUGUGAUUGAAGACAUGGCAAAGCUCUGUUCUUUUGACACCAUGAAGAAGUUGGAGGUCAACAAAACCGGAACGUUUGUCAUGAAUUUGGAGAGUAAACACCUGUUCAGAAAAGCCGAGGUGGGAGAUUGGGUUAACUAUUUGACCCCUAUGAUGAAGGAGAGGAUGUCCAGACUCAUAGAAGAAAAGUUCAGUGGUUCAGGCUUGACAUUUGAAGUGACUCCCGAGCUAGCAGAUAGCUAGUUCAGGGGUCCCCAUCAAUGGAACUCUCUGCCAAGUUUCACCAUUGAUAAUGGUCUGUGUGCUUUUGUGUUUAAUCUCCUGUAGCAUUUGCAUUUCAAUUUCAGUUACUGUAAUAAAAGG